AUGGAUAAAACGAAGAACAUGAAUUCAACAAAUGGUGUUGUUGAGGAAUUUACCCUUCUUGGGCUAGCUAGCUUUCCUAAGUUGAGUAUUGUACUUUUUAUUCUUUUGUUUGUGAUUUAUAUUUUGAUAUUAACUGGAAACCUUCUCAUCAUGGUAACAGUACAUUUGGAGCCUCGUCUUCAUUCGGCCAUGUAUUAUUUUCUCAGCAAGUUGUCCUUUGUAGACCUCUGCUACGCAACAGUGACAAUUCCAAAAAUGCUAAAAGACUUCAUUUCAAAAAGUGACACAAUUUCCCCUAGUGGUUGCAUCACACAAUUGUUCUUUUUACAUUUCUUUGCUGGAACAGAAAGCAUUCUUCUAACAGUUAUGGCAUACGACCGUUACGUGGCGAUAUGUAACCCAUUACGUUAUGUUAAUAUUAUGAGCAAAACUGUUUGCUAUUGGCUCGAAUCUCUUUGCUGGACUGCAAGUUUUUUGCAUUCUAUCAUUCAGGUGGUUAUGGUAUGUCAGCUAACUUUCUGUGGCCCUAAUAAAAUAGACCAUUUUUUUUGUGACAUACACCCUUUGUCGGUGUUAGCAUGUUCUGACAUCUUCAUUAUUGAAAUCGUAUUUGUUGCAAAUAGUGGUAUGAUUUCUUUAAUCUGCUUUGUUGUACUGCUUGCAUCAUAUAUUGGAAUCAUCACCACUAUAUUAAAUACAUCCUCUUUGGAAGGGUUGGGAAAAGCCUUUUCCACAUGUGCCUCCCAUCUUAUUGUGGUAACCUUAUUUUUUGGACCAUGUGUGUUCAUUUACUUGAGACCACCUGUAUCUUAUGCAGCUGACAAAAUGGUGUCUAUAUUUUACACAGUGCUAACACCUCUGUUAAAUCCAGUUAUUUAUACUCUAAGAAAUCAAGAGGUAAAAAACGCUAUUAAAUCCCUUAUUGGAAAAAAACUUAAUAAAUAG